UGACUAUUUUUCCCACCCCGGGAUAGAGAAAAGAACGAGUUCGCCGGGUGCCAUGAUUUAGGCUACUUGAAUACUCUCCAUUGAAGGAGAUACCAUGUGGGAGGAAAGUGUCACGUGACAAAUUCACUCAAUGGCGGAGGAUUAAACAGACGGACUAUCGAAGGGAGUCUUGGGGUACUGAAUGGAACCUUCCCGACACCUGACCUGGGUAGGAUAAAGCUGCCGGUGACUGUCAAAACUCCGCUAAGAUGCCUGCAGACCAGAUCACAUACUCCGAGAAAUAUAACGAUGAGAAAUAUGAAUACAGGCAUGUGAUUCUGCCGCCCGACAUUGCGAAGCAGGUGCCCAAGACUCACCUGAUGUCAGAGACUGAGUGGAGGAACAUCGGGGUCCAGCAGUCACCAGGCUGGAUACACUACAUGGUCCAUGCCCCAGAGCCACAUGUGCUCCUGUUUCGACGACCCGUGCCCAACACAGGGCUCCCAAACGCAGUGCCAGGUCAAGGUCAGCGGACAGUGGCGGCGCAUUGAUUGAGCUGACCCCAGUGGCAUUGCUGUGUUAUUGUGACAAAGUUGUAGGGUGCAUUUGACACUUGUACGGUGGAAUGUGCUAGAAAAUGCUAUGAUAUCUAUUUUAACCUUACUGUAACUAUUCAAGAUUACAUGUGUGAAGUAACACUUGAUACCCAUGCAAUACCCAUGUGUUCAGUUGUUGAUAUUCUUUGAUCUUGUUUAUACAUGUGUACUGUACUGUACAGUAAAUGAUGGGAGAAUGUAAAACUAAAUCUGUCAUGUCAAUCUAAAAAAUAUCAAGUUUCUUAUAUCUGGUAUAUUAUUGUUUAAAAUAAGUAAGGUUAUUAUUAUUUUUCACAAUUUUGCUAGUUUUCUUUCAUUGGAACAAUAGUAUUUCGAAGAGGGAUCAUCUCUAUUCUACAGAUAUAAUUUCACAUUCAUCCAUGAAAUACUGUUACCUUAUGUUCCAUGGUUUUAUAUGAUGAUUUUACUAAGAAUACAAGUAAUGUGAGGUGCAAAAUUGUAUUGGCUGGUCAUUACUUCCAGCUUUGACAUACUAACUGUAUUUCAGUUUGAACUGCUUAGCAAAAUCUUUUUGUAUGGGAACUGGUGGCUAUGUCUAUUUAUAUAUUAUUACAUGACCAGUUUUCAACAGCCGUUGAAAGUAAACUUGGCAUAGCAAAAAAAUGCUUAAAAAGGUCCAGUUCCCAGAAUUUCUUUUUCAGCGAUCUUUUUUUUUAAACAAUUUCAUUCAACAAUUUUUUCUCUUUUUGGUAGCUUCUUGUUUCGGAAAUAUGGGUAAAAUAAUUUUUUAAAGCCUUCCAGUAAAUAUUAAUCUCAACGUCAUGGUGCUGGUGUGACAAUGGUAUUCAUAUAUAAAAAAUAGCACAAGCUACCUUCCCUAUUUUUGGGGGGAGGUAUAAAUGAGGAAUAGCUUUUGUUUUGGCCUAAGUUAUAACUUGCCAUCUAUACCCUGGCAAUAAAAGAUCUGUACCAAUAUGCACCAGAAACUGUUAUGUACAAAAUUAGUGUUUAGUUGCAAUAUCCUUUGUUAUGUUCUCACUUGUGUUCUUUUCUGAAACUUUUUCCUUCCUUUCUUUCCUGUUAUUCUAUAUCCAUCCACUUUUGUUUAUAUUGUGUCUUUUCAAACUAUUAAAGCUAUGUUACCUAUGUAGUAUGUACAUAUAUCUAAAUGAUAAGAAGGUUUGUGGACCAACAAGCUUCGUACAUUCAAACUGGGCUUAAAAAAGUGUCACAAGUGAAGUUGUAGCUAUAUCAAAUUUAAAGUAAGAGCAAUUCUGUGAAGGACAUGCUGGAUUAUAUUGCCACUGGAAAAUAUGUUAUGUUUGGAUAGUAGACUUGUACAAAAUAGUAUGAGACUUAAUGUUUAGGUGAUGCUAUUUUUUCAUUUAAAAAAACUUCAUUCAAUAAACAGUUCACAUAUUCUUUGAACAGUUGCUUCAGAUUGGGAAGACUUGUAUGGGAACCUCAAUAUUUUUACUCCUGUUUUAGAUUAGUCUGUGUUCACAGUUUUAAAUGUUGAAUAAUUGUGCUGGUCAUUUAUUGAUGUGUAACUCAGUGUUAAGUGUAAAUGUUAAAUGUUAGCCUAUUUACUAGUAGUUUUAUUUAUGAAUAAAAAGUCAAAA